GCGGACGAGCAGUAGUGUAUACAUUGGAUCAUUUCUGAGUUAAUGCUUAAAGGCAAUUAAGCGAGGCUUGUGCAUUGUACAGUUGUGCAAUGGUUGUAUAAUAAUUUCAUUAGAAUCCGAAUAAAAUGCGUUCACUGUAAAUCACCAGAAAAAAGAAGCAGCGACCGGAAUGGCUUCAAUCCAUCCAGAAAUGUUAGAAAGUACAAAAUCACCACCUUUUACGCCAGAGAAAACGGUUCCCCUGAAAACUAGUGUAUCGCCAACACGUCUCCAGACGGAACCUUCAGGAUCAAGAUCAAAACAAGAAAGUACAAAUUUAGAAACAUCGCAAUCACUUACAGCGCCUACAACACCGAAAGAAGAUACAUCAGAAACUGAGACCUUCAGUUUAAGGUCGUUUUAUAAGAAGCCAUUUGUUUAUGGAGAAAUUGACUUAGAGCUCAACGGCCGAGCAAAGUUCAUCAAGGUUAAUAAUCCGGAAAUAGGGAAGAGCAACCUUUUAAAGAGACUUGCGGAAGAAGUACUGAACGAGUAUCCACAUCCUGAAAAGAAACGCCUGCUGCUUUCGAUUACUGACGGUGCUGAAAAGUUAGGCGAUGUUGAAAGUAAAACUUUUAAAGAUAGCCUCAAGAAGAUUCUUCCCGGCACAUGCCUAGUGACGGGUGGAACAAACACUGGCGUUACAAAACUAGUUGGAGAAUGCGUUCGUGACUUCAACGAUAGCGUAAGAGGCAAAAAUGACACAUGUUUGGCUAUCGGAAUAAUCAACUUGGGUCACAACAAUAAUACAGGCUUAUUGCAGGAAGAAAAACGAUUUGGUAUUGACGACGACGGAACCAUAUUUCUCGUGGACUUUAGUGGAAAAAGGUGGACUUUUAAUCAAGCAGUACUGCCUAAAUAUUGUAAUACUACUACAACAAAUGUCCCGAAAUGUGAGAGAAACAAAGAUAUUGGUACGGAUGGUUCAUCCCCAGUUAAAGAGGGUGAUGGUACGGAUGGUUCAUCUCCAGUUAAAGAGGGUGAUGGUACGGAUAGUUCAUUGCCAUUGAAAGAGGGUGAUGGUACGGAUGGUCCAUCGCAAGUUAAAGAGGGUGAUGGUGCGGAUGGUUCAUCGUCAGUUAAAGAGGGUGAUGGUACGGAUGGUUCAUCUUCAGCUAAAGAGGGUGAGGGUUCGGAUAGUUCAUCGCAAUUGAAAGAGGGUGAUGGUACGGAUGGUUCAUCGCCUAUUAAAGAGGGUGAUGGUACGGAGGGUUCAUCGCCAUUUACAUUUAAAAAGGGUGACAUCGUAAAGAUCGAAAAGAUAAGCAGCAACCAAAAGACGUCGCAGAACCUAAAAGGAAUUAUGAUUGAACAGACAAUCGGUAAAAUUGGAACAGUAAUCACAGUGGACACAAAUCUUGAUCUCCAGAUUCAAGUAUGCGGGACUAAAUGGCAUUACCAACCACAUGAUGUUACAUUUCUGUCUCCAAAGAAAUUGAAUAAACAAUUGAAGAAAUGGUUGAAGAACCACGUGCAUAUGCAGAACCCAUUGGUGAAUUUCGUUUUGUCGGGAGAAGCAGACGAAAUGAAAGACCAACUGCACAAAGCUAUACGGAACCAGAAGCCUACUCGAGUCGGCAUUGACUACAAUGGUGAUUUAUAUGUUAAGGAUGGGGAAGGAAAGAGGGAAAUAAUCCAACUAGAUGAACGGACAGACGUCAAUGCAAGUGAUGUUUAUUACAUGAAAGACACGGAAAUUACCACCAAAGCUGGUAGUUCAGAUGACAAACACUUCGCUGUUGACGAUCUAGUACAAAUAUGCAAUCAUACUGCGCAGCAUACGAACAAGCAUAACAUUGAUUGGCGGAUACACUUUGAUCGGACAUACGGAAAAAUUGGUACAGUACUUAAAGUGAAGAAAAACUACCUGCUGAUCAACGUGUGCGGUUCUAAGGAACGGUAUAGAUCACAGGAUGUUGCUCAAGUGUCUUUCGAUUCCCUUACGAGCCACUUGAAGAAGUGGUUCCAAACCCACACGCCUAUAGAUGAGAUGGAUGAUAUGGUGAAAGCCGUACUGUCCGAUAAUGUCCGCCAAGUGCGGAAGCUACUUCGGCGUGUCAAGAAGAAUAAAGAAAUGUUCGGCGUGGACAAAGAAGGCUUCUUGUUUGUCGUGGAUGUCAAUGGCAAAAGGAUUUUUAAUGUUGUUGGUGGUUCAAUUUCGCCGCCUUUUGUCGAUGGAGACAUCGUUAUGAUCUGCAGCAAUGAACAUACACUGAAGGAUCUACAAAAUGGACAGUGGAGAACAGGCAUGGAUCGGACGAUCGGUAAAAUUGGCACAGUAAUGGAAGUGCACAACAAUAUUGAAAUGCGGAUCAAAGUAUGCGGUGUUGAGUGGUGGUACAGACCACAGGUCGUUGGUCUGGUAUCCCUAGAGCGUUUGACCAUGCGGCUGAAGAAGAGCUUAAAAAAUGUCCAGCCUGAAAAUGACACACUGUUAAAUGCCGUGAUGUCAGGAGAUGCCAGAAGUGUGGGCAAACAACUGAGUAGUUCUCUUAGGGCCCAGGUGGUGUUCGGUCUCGACGAAGGUGACAUAUUUGGCAUUGAUGUCAGCGGACAAAGGCACACUAUCGAUGUAGAAGGAAAACAUGUUUCUCCAACUUACAAAAAAGGAGACUUGGUGCAGAUCUGCAACGAUCCAACUAGGCUAAAGAACCUACAAGACAAGCUAUGGCAGGAUGGAAUGAAAGAGACAGUCGAUAGAAUCGGUUUAGUUAAAGAAGUUGAAACGAAUCAUGACCUGCGUGUUGGCAACUGGCCCUGGAAAUACAGACCAUAUGCUGUUAAACAGGUGUCUCUCGCAACCGUGACAAGGCAUAUUAAGGAAUGGGUUGAGACGUACAUGCCUGAGAAUGAAAACGACGAAAUGCGUAAAGCCGUUAUGUCCAAAGAUGUUGAAAGAGUUAGGGGAAUACUGAGCAGUGAUGCGAAUGAUCAGGAUCAGAGAGUGUUUGGCCUUGACAAAGGAAGGUUAUUUAUCAUGGACAUCGACGAUGAAAGGAGGUUUUUCACUGUCGAUGGCGGAUCGAUUCAUCCCCGAUUUGUAAAAAGUGACAUCGUACAGAUUUGCAGAGACAAGGUACCUAGGGAAAUUGCAAUAGUAGUAGAAGAUGACCCUACCAAUGAGCUUGUGAUAAACCUGUGCGGUGCUGAAACGAUAUUCAACCGACAAGAUGUUGAUUUAGUACCUCUCAAGCAACUGACAUGCGAGUUAAAAAUGUGGUUUGAGAUGUACAUACCUAAAACUGAGAAGGACGCGAUGACAGAAGCUGUCAUGUCAAAAAAAGCAACUGAAGUGGGAAAAUUACUGAGCCACAACAAAAAGGGACCCCAGCGAGUAUGUGGUAUUGACACAGAUGGUUUCUUGUAUAUUAAAGAUACCAGUGGUAAAAGAAGGAAAUUCCUUCUUGAUGGUGGCACGAUAUCUCCGACAUUUUUUGAAGGUGACAUAGUACAUAUCUGCAGUGAAGCUAAGCUAAAUGAACAAAAGCUAAAUGAACAAAUGUCAUUGUGGAAAGAUGACAUAAAACAGACACUUGAUAAAAUUGGUACAAUAUUGGAAGUGACACCAGAGAGUAAACUGAGAAUCAAAGUUGGCGCUGAUACGUUCAUUUACUGGCCACCAUAUGUCACUUUAGUACCCAUGGUGCACCUGACUAGAAAAUUUAAGGAGUGGAUAGAGCAUCACUGGCCACAACUUGAAAAUCAAACGUUUGGAAAAGCUGUACUGGAAGGCAAUGCGGAUGAAGUCCGUAAAGCACUUACUAAUUCUCAAAAGGACCAGCACCUGGGAAAUGGAGUGUUCGGCAUUGACGAAGAAGGCGACGUCUAUGUUAUGGAUAUAUACAAUAAAAGGCACAAACUCAGAAAAGCUUCACAGAUGGACGCUACUCGUUUUUAUGCUGGAGGUUUCAACAUGAAGCCGAUUGGUAAAGAUGACCUGGUGCGAAUCUCUAACGACCAGUCGUUGAUUGUGGUACUGCAGGACAAUAGUGAUGAUGUUGAUACGAAGAAGAUACUCGGUAAAUUUGGAACAGUGUUGAGAGUUAAAGAAGAAAAUGCACUCUUGAUCGAAGUGUGUGGUCUCACUUUGCACUGCAGUAAAAAUUCAGUUGUUAAAGUUUCUCUUGAGGACUUAACUUGCAAGUUAAAAGUGUGGUUUGACAAUCACUGGCCUAAACUUGACGACUUUGGACGAGAUGUUUUGACAUAACAAUACAAAGAAGUGGGUGAACAACUGAGCAAUUCUAUAAAGGAAUUUAAGUUGCAAGGCAGUACUUCCUCGAUUAUCAGAGGUUACACACGAUCUCAAAAUAUCAAAGGUGUUGAACGCCAGUUAGACCCAAACCACGGUCGUUUCAUCAUUGUGGACGAGUUAGAUAUUCGAAGUUUUGGUGGCG